GAGUGGGUGUAUGUGAGUGAGACAGAGUGAGUGUGCAUACAGUAAACAGCAUCAGGAUAUAAAAGGUCACCCUAUCCUUCUGUGGGCAUUUCUCUGAGUAGCCAGGGUGUGACAGUGUGUUUGAGAGAGACGGGCCUUUACCAUGAAGUCCUGGGUGUUGUUGUCCGUGUUGCUGGCUGUGGGGUGCGUCCGCGGUGCACCGGUGGACCAGCAUAGCGUGGAACAGGGAUCAUGUGAAGACGCAUCAGCGAAGGGGGCUGCUGAGCUGGCUCUGACCAAGAUCAACAAGGACCGCAGUGAGGGCUACAUCUUCAGCCUGCACCGCCUGUCCAAUGUCCACUUGGCAAAACAUGGAGAGACUGGUGUGGUUUUCUACUUGACUCUGGAUGUUGUGGAGACCAACUGCAGUGUUCUCAGCAAGAAGGACUCGAAGGACUGCGAAGUUCGGCCCACGGAGAGCACACCGGUAUAUGGACAAUGCAAAGCUACCAUCUACAUCAAUAAGGUUAACAGAGUGGUGCGUCUCUACAAAUACAACUGUGUGGUCAGACCAGUUCCUGCAGCAAGGGUGAAUGAGAUUUGUCCCGACUGUCCAACUCUUAUUGCCACUGACAACGAUAAUGUCCAGAAGACUGUGGCUCUCUCACUGGAAAAAUUCAACAAGGAGAGCAACUUGGCCAAUCGUUUCGCUGUGCUCAAAGUCAACCGUGCUUCCUCCGGGAUGGCCAUGAACAUGUAUUACAAUGCAGACUACACCAUCCAGGAGACCACCUGCGGACAGAACGCAGACCCGGCUGAUAAGUGCCCCCCUAUGGAGUGCGAGUUCGCUCACAAGGGCUUCUGUCAGGCAUCUCUGUUCUACUCUCCCUCUGGUGAGCCAGAAGUCAGUGUAGACUGUGAGAUCUAUGAGCCUGAGGCUGCUGAGAGAGAGAAGAAACUGCACCUGCUGGACGGAUCGAUCGACCACAGCCACAAUGACACACACCCACACAGCCAAGCGCAUGACCUAGCCCACGCUGCAGACCAGACACACUCACAUGACCACGUGCACGACCACACCAAGAGCCACUCUCAUCACGACCAAACCCACAAGCAUCCUGUUGGCAGCGACCACCACCACACACACGACCAUCCUGCAGGCAGCCCUCACAAGCACGCUCAUGACCACUCCCAUGACCACGGGCACGGCCACGACCACGUGCACACCCAUCAUGCCAAGGCACACAACCACAGUGGCGAUUUUCCUAACCAGCACCACAACUACAAGCAUGCUGAUGGCGUGCACACCCACGAGCACGACCACGAGCUCGCUCUGGAUCACGAUCACAAGCACGCUCACCUGCAUGAACACGAGCACCAUCACCAUCACCACGAGCACACCCACGAGACCACAGCUCACGACCACCCAGAGGGCAUGGUGAGGACCCUGCCCCCCAUGGACCAGCCCAUGACCCUGCCUGCCUUCCCUGAUGUUCCUGUCACUGGUCCUGAGGGUGGAGUCACCCUGCCCCUCAAGCCUGACCCCCAGAUUCCCAACAUGACAGAACCCACCAUCCAGGCCUUCCCAACCGCAGUCUCAGCCCAGUGUGCCCCUCCCCCAAAAGGAGAGAAGCUGGUGGAGAAACUCUUCGAAGAGGACCCCAUGUUCAAGGCAGCUGCUUAAGGUGGCCGAUGGAACUCAACUCGGAACUGAUGUUAAAAAGACACAACUGUGAAGUGAGGGAAACCCAUUUGACAUUUGAUACAUUUGUAUUUAACACAUCAGUGUAACAAACCUCAACUGUUUCCUUGGGCUGAGCUGGUCGAAAUCAUGAUCUGCUGUAAGCACAUAGCGUGUGAUCUUUGUCUCUCUUCAACCAUCUAAUAAAGAGCAAGUACAUUAAAAACAGUACAUCAACACAAA